ACCAGGUCAGCGUCACGUACAUCUUCCACAUCUUAGCCUCAGUUGGGUCAGAGAGAGACGGCGUUAUGGACGUAUGAAAAUUGCAUGAAAUCAUACCACACCGCUUCGAAUAUUUCAGUGUUUACGAACCGCAGUUGUCAGUGCAGCUGAGACGAUUUGUUCUAAAUGUCAGCGUGAAAAUGAUUGUGAAUAGUGAACAGUACGACGGGAGCCAGCUUUUUGCUGGCCUAGCCCAAUAUACCGGGCUGGCGACAGAUCAGUUCAACUUUAUAAUGAGUCAACUUGUUGCUUUGGGGUUGGCAACGCUUUACCGGACAGUGUUACACCCCUCGAGAACAAGUACAGCGGUGCGGCACGCAUUUGGAUUGGUUUUUGGAAUGUUGAUUGGAUAUUUCUGUUUCGGAUUUCAAGCAAUUCACCUGGCUGGUCUUCCCGCAGUAUGUUAUGUGGUAAUUAUCACUCAGAAUGCUCAUGUCAUGCAUGGAAUGGUGCUCAUAGUGGCCUUAAUAUACCUCUCCUGUCUUCAUUUGCACAGACAAGUUUAUGAUUAUGGAUCGUACGGGUUGGACAUAAGCGGGCCACUUAUGGUAAUAACUCAAAAAGUGACCUCAUUAGCUUUCAGUUUGCACGACGGCCUGACGAAGAAAGAAGAAGAGAUGACAAAUAAUCAGAAAUAUCAUGCUGUGUAUAAGACUCCCAGUGCUAUUGAAUAUUUCAGCUAUACGUUAAUGUUUCCAUCAUUAAUGGCAGGUCCUGUAAUAUUCUUCAACGACUACAUCGACUUUAUUGAAGGUAAAAACUACUCCAAAGUACAGGGCAGCUCAAAAUCUGCUCCAGUGAUCGUUCAUGAGCCUAGUCCAGUGAAAAUAAUUUGCCAAAAAGUUUCGUUGGCGUUAGUGUGUGCUAUUGUUUUUGUCAAGUUCCUUCCGAUAUUCCCAAUAAGAAAAGUAAAAGAGGAAAAUUUCCUAAUCAAUACCAGUGUGAGUUACAAAUUUUGGUACCUGACUGUUAGUACAACAUUAGUGAGAUUCAAGUAUUAUUUUGCAUGGACUAUAGCUGAUGCUAUUUGUAAUAACUGUGGCAUAGGGUUUUCUGGAUAUGCUGAGAAUGGAUCAGCAAGAUGGGAUAAAAUCUCCAAUGUCGAUAUAUUCAGGUUCGAAUUCGCUACAAGUUUGAAAGAAAGUAUUGAAGCCUGGAAUAAGGGAACGAAUACUUGGUUGAGGAUGUUGGUUUAUGAUAGAACUAAAAAAUAUGCUACUAUAUUAACUUAUGCUCUUUCUGCAAUCUGGCACGGAUUUUACCCUGGAUAUUAUUUGACUUUUUUCAGUGGGGCAAUGUUUACAUUCACUUCCAGAGUUGUAAGGAGACAUGUGAGAAACCAUUUCACAGAAAGUCGAGAAACAAAAUUUUUAUAUGACCUUAUAACUUUUGCUGUGACUCAUUUCGUGUUAGCGUACAUCACUUUCCCAUUUGUUCUUCUGGAGUUUUGGCCAAGUAUUGCUUUAUACAACCAGAUGUUCUGGUGCUUGCAUAUAGCCUGUAUUUUUGGAUACAUUUUUGUCCCGAAGGUGAUACCUCCAUCACCUCCAAAAAAUAAUUCUUCCAGUAGAGGAAUAGCGUUUGCAUUGAAGCAAGCCGGUCCAUAUUCUACUUCUGUAGCACACAACGACUGAAUAUUACUCUCUGACUUCCAAUUCGAGCUUUUGAUAUCUGUUUUUACGUAUCAAGUGUUAAUAAAAAUACUAAAAAGAUAUAUAUUAAUGUCUUAAUGAAA